AUGGCAGGCUCUGUUUCUAAACGAAGCUCAAGAGGUCGUGCCUCUGGACCGGAAGCACGGACAAAGCCUCGAAAGGUCCAAUUCGGAGGAGCUGAGGAUGAUGACAACAACAACAGCCAAAAGAACGACUGGAUCGACCUCAACUCUGAUGCCGUCAAGACACUCAUCAAUGAGGCGAGGUGUAUCCUUGCGGAAUUGGGACCACAACUUUCGGCUCGAUCUCCUACAAAGCUGGCGACCAACGCUUUCGAGAUAUCUCCAGACAACCUUUCAUUGCACACACUCCGAGACCAGCUUCUGUCGAAAGCAGACCGCAGCAACCAAAGGCGACUCUUUGGGGACAACGCAUCCCCAGCCAAACGUAGACGCAGCAGCAUGUCGCAAUUUGCAGGCGAAGGCGAGCUCGACAUCAGCUGGGCUGUCUACAAACAGUGGCCUGAAGGAUUGAACGAAGAGGAGAGGCUGUUGCUGGACUACUUCAAGAAGCUCAAGUUCAUCUAUCUGGAGCAAGAGACCAAGAUGCGAUUUAUGGCAGAUAUUCAGGACGAUCUCGAGUCUGGCAAGGAGGCAACCGUCUACUCUUCUGCCGAGGUGGCCGAACGUGAACGUGUGGCCAAAACGCUCAAGAAUCAGCUCACCCAAGCCAAGGCCGAAGUUCGUGGACUGAGGAAAGAGGUAGAUGCAGCGGCCGACGAGUUGUUCCAGCCAUGGGCACAAGUUGAAAGGGAUAGCCGCGAGGCUGAAAUUCUCAUCAAGGAGAUCGGUGACAUGGAGCUUGAGCUUGCCAAGAUCCGUGCUCAGAAUCACGGCAAGGGGGGCAGCGUCGCGGCGAUCGCAGGACGAGAUGGACCCUUGACAUCCACCGAGGCGGAAGAGUACUGCGACACACAGAUCCAGCAAAUGACGACACUCGAAGGCAAGACGGCCAACGUCAAGAAAGCGAUCGAGAACACCAAGAAGGAUCUCGUAUCUUCACUGAGGGCGCUUGACAGGAUCAACGCUGAACGCUCGCUGGCGGACAAGUUUGCUAACGAGGCCAAGAUGGGCAUGGGCGUCGACGGAGGCCGUGACCUGCAGACGGAACGACUUUGUGCCAGCCAUGCAGCCACCAUCAGCCUGUUGCGCUCUCUGCUGGGCAUCGACGAGAUCGAAGCCAUCUCUGCGAACGAGAUCCGCAUCACCUACAAGCUUGCUCUCGACUCGCUUUUCAACACGCAACAGCAGCAGCAGGCUUCCAACACCCGACGCAAGCGAAAAUCGAUCGCAUUGCCAGAUCAAUCGCUUGUUCACGUCAACUUGCGUUUCAAGGAUGUUGGAGGACGAAUGGAAGAAGUCACCGUGACAUCGUCCAAGGGAGAACAGUAUGAUAUGCCAGAAGCAUCCAUGGCAAGGCUGAGAGCGCUGCAAAAGGCCAACGAUGUGCCUCUGAUCGUGCAAGAAGUCUUGGCGGCUUUCUGA